CAGACUAUACCUCCCCAAUAUUAAAUGAAUGAACAAAGAUUCUCCAAACGGUUUACUCGGUUGUUUACAAUAAAUUACUUGUGGUCAAAUUCCUGCACACUAUAGUCGGACAUGCGGGGAGGUUUCUGUGCGUCCAUUCGAAAAUCCCGUCCGUCCAAUCCGUGCGCAGGUCCGGACCAGUGGCUCCUCCUCUCCGCCGCCAGCUCCCACAUGUAUCUCCCCUCUCAGUCUGUUGCAUUGUCUCAUUGGGGACGCAGCGCACGGAGUCCAGCGGGCUGAUGGGAACACCGGAGGAUGUCAAAGGAAAGUCAAGCCGAUGUGAGGAAUGAGUUGCUGAGGGUUUGGACUGAUUGGCUCCAGUUUGGCUGCAGUAAGGGUGAGAGCUGCGCGGCUCUGCACAGAUGGACAGGGCUGCAUUUCAGUCAGUUAUAGCUAUGUUAGUAGCGUUCGUCCGGAGUUGCGUGGCUCUACCCGGAGCUACACCGUAAAUCCCGGUCCGAAGCCUCAUUUCUGCCGCCGCCGUCUCCCAGGAUGGCCGCUCGCCGCAGCUGCGUAAACUCGCUCUGGUCGGGCACCGAGCGGGUCCGCAUCGGAGAGCGCCUCAAAGCGACGCUGGCGGGGGUUCUGGAGCUGGAGGUGCUCCGGCGCAAACACCUGGAGAUGGUGGACGCCGCGCUGAGGGAGCGGGCGCCCGGGGAGCCGCGGGCGGAGGAGGCGGAGAGCGCCGCGUCGGAUACCGAGCGUGGCUCUGCGACAUCCCGCAGGCAACAGGCUGCCUCCCCCUCAAACACAAUGGGGUCAGGCUGUCAGAGCAGCCCAGAGGAGUGUCUCAGUAACUCGGGGGAUGUGACCGUCCAGUCCUCAUCUGGCAGGGGGAGUAACUCCCGGUGGUCCACUCUCUCCUGGGACGCCUCCUCAGAUCUCCUCUCCCCUCCGACUCCGGACUCCAGCGGCGUGGUUCACCUGGACAGCGACUCCAGGCCCAGUUCAGGUUUCUACUCUGUAAGUGGGAGCUCUCUGUCGGACUCCUGCUACUCCGUGUCCAGUGAAGCUGCCCAUGUUGGACCGGUGACCCCCGCUAGACCCCCAAAGUCGUGGGAACAAGUUCCUGCUUCUGCUGACAACACUGACACCCUGUGGUCAGAAGGUGUGGUGCAGCUGCAGCAGCCUGCGACGGACGGCAACCCAGAGGAAACCGAACCAGCAGAGGAUCCGAUUGCACCUGCUCCAGAUGAUCCAGCUGUUCAGGAGAGUGAUGCCUCUGGUCUCAGCUUUCUGUCUGAUCUUUGCACGGUGGUCGGUGACUCCCUGGUCUCUUUCAUCAUCCCCCUUCUAAAUCCGUCUUCAUCCCCCUCCUCUGUGCAGCUGAAGCCUAAGUUGGACCCCUGCUACUGCACAGACCUGGUGUCUCGUCGAACCAAAGAGGUCUACUCUUAUCCAAGCCCGCUGCACGCCGUCGCCCUCCAGAGCCCCCUUUUUACCUCCCUGAACCAAGAACAAUCAUCCUCCACAACUUCUGAAGGAGUCCAAGACGAUGAGGCGGGAGAAGCGAAGCCUGACGCUGCCCCUCUCCUGCCUCAGCAGCCUCCCACUCUGGCCUCUGUCACACACUUGGAGCAGUACAUCACUCGCCUGGCUUGCCAGUACCACCAGCAGGUGAACUCCUCCACCUCCGAUCUCACGUCACCUGCUGCUCCUGCUCCAAUCCCGCAGAGAGGUCCUUGUACUCCUGGAAAAAGUCACGGCUCCACCCAAUCUCUAUCUGCCUUUGAGAGCCGUAAUACACCCCCCACACAGCCGGGUGGAAGCACCACUCCUUGCAAGUCCCUGCUGGGAAACUCGGCCAGAGUCAGCCUCAGCGCUAUGGGGAAAAAGACCACCAGGAAUUCAAUCAACCUGGGUAAUCUCCCUUCAGCGACCGGAGAAGAUUUAAGCAUCAAUCUGCAUCUCAACCUCAACUUGAACCUGGCUCCAGGGUUGAACUCUAACCGCGGACCCGCCGACGCAGCCAAAAACAGCAGCAGUGGAGCCAUAAAGAGUGAUGUGAACAUGACUUCGGCUCCGUCUUGCAAGUCUCUGUCAUCUGCCACUCCCACCGCAGGAGUCAGGUCUCGUUCUCGGAUCUCAACUUGUCCGAGCAGUCUGAGCCACCGCAGUUCCCUGGAGGUCCCGCCGAGCUCGGGAGCCACUCCGGCGUUUGGGUCGUCUUCCUUCUGUCGCUCGUUGGAUUGGAGCACCGGCGCUCCGCCUGAGGUGGGACAGCCAGUUUUUGUGUCAAACACGGGAUCGGCUCCUGGAUCUCAGCGCAGCAGCUUGAUCCAAGAGUCCUGCUCCAGUCCCAAGCUGAGUGAAGACUCCCCGAUGGUGGGGGAGAUCUCGCGGCUCUCUGGUCUGUCUCGGGCCGUGGUGGUGGGACUGAUGGAGCAAGGUGUGGAGCUGGAUAUCGACUGCUUCCAAACGGAUCCUGCAGGUGCGGUGAGGAGCCAUAGUAAAACUCACCUGACUCCGCAGAGGGAUCCAUCGCUUGACUACGGCAGGCUGAUGGAAACCAGCCCACAGCGGCCGAUCCAGCUCUCCCUCAGUGUCACCCACUCCCCCCAGUCUCAGUCCAGCCUCACCCCUCCUCUCUCACACUCCAACAGUCCCAUUCACCCAUACCAGUCCAUCCACAUCCCUCCCCCUCCUCAGUACUCCUCACAAUGCCACUACCAGCACAUCCCUUCUCCGUCUGAUCUUCCCUCCUCUACAGCCUCCUCCCCAGCUUCACACCCCACCCCAAGGGCUCGCUCUCCUCCUCGCCCCCUCAAGCCGUCACCUAUGGGGGCCACCCCUCUCUCGGUUUUCCGGCGGGAUUCUCCUUUCCAGUGCUCCCUGCCGCACAACAACCGAACCUCCUCUUGGGAGCAUGGAGGACUCCAACCAAGAGGUGGCUCGCUCCGACAUAGUGGGGGAGGAGGAGAAGGUGGGGGCAGGUGGAAGAAGGUGGAGAGAGAUGGGCUCUACAGGGGGAAACACGCCUCCCAUAAGCUGGUUAGGGCCGCUACUGUGAGCAGCUACGCCAGGAGAGAGGACUACAGCUCCGUUUGGGCCGAGGAGGCAGCCCACACACCCAGGAAGUCCUCCAGCAAACUGUGGAGGGGCUUUGAGGGUCGAUUGUGGAGGAAAGAGUCUGAGACCGAGAAGGAGGAGAUGGACAGAGCCGAAUACGGAUAUGGCUGGAGCAGGGGGAACAUGGGAAGCUGGAGGAGGGAGCACCGACGAGCCAAGGGAUCCUCUGACAGGAAGCCAAAGGUUGAUCACUCCCCCGUCUUCUCCAGGUCGAGAGGGAAAGAGGACGGGGAGAGACGCAGCUCCAGCCUCCGGCUCUCCAGGAGGGCUCUGUUCAGGAGUGAGUCCCAGGGUUUGCUGGUGCCUCGGAGCCACAGGGAGGAGCUGGCGAAGAGGGGCCACUGGGUCUCCUCCUUCGAUGUAGCGCAGGGUGGAACAAGCAGAGACGAAGGCGUCAGACUGCUGAGAGCCAAGGAAGAGGACAAGCGACUGUCCUCCACCGCCAGCCUCUUCAACCUGUCUCGCUCCCAGAGCCUGGAGGGCAGCUGCCAGUCGCUCUCGUCUCUGUCCUCGCCGUCGUUUUCCCCUUCCCCUCCUCCACGGCUGCCGCUGCAGCGCUCUCGGUCGCUGAGGGAUCUGGGGAGGAAGGUGUUCGGCUCCAUGAGGUCUCUUAGUCUCAAACGAAAGCCAUCCAAGAAGUGACACUUGUACAGCCAACGAACCUCAUGUUACAUUCAAAACACCGUUUGUGCUUAGCAUUAUAUCUGAUGUAAAGGAAGUGCCAUCUAGUUUUGUUUGCCGAUUAUUCAGAUCUCUGAUGCUGCCUUUAGGAUCUACAUGAAAGGUCCUCUCUGGCACAUAUAAAGUCUUUCCAACUUGCCAUUACAAUAUCUUCAUUCCUUCUACUAAUAAUCUGGUAAAUUUGAACCAAUAUUGGUACUUUUGAUAUCCUCACAAACUAAAGAAAAAAGCGACAAAAUGCUAAUGGGUUACUUUGAAGCUCAGAGUAGCUGCGUUUCCGUUACAAAUGUUCGCAGAACCUUUGAUAUUCUGCGAAUAUCGAAAAAACACAAUCUCUUUCUUAUUUAUUCCAUUAAAAUAAGAAAGGCAGUUAAAAUUACACAUGGAUAAGUUUGUUCACAUAAGUCAUUAAAAACCCUCCUGCACCUUGAUCAUCCAACCACUUCCUCUUCUUCCUCUUCCUCUUCUUCUACUUCGUGGUUUGUGCCGGUGGCAACAUCCGGUUUUUGAUCAUGUGACUGGUGUGAUGCGAAUGAACUAUCUCUAUUCCAGUUUUGUGAGAUAAACCAAUUUAGAUACAAC